CGAUUUUUGUGUGCGGCAUUUUAUGUCAUUUUGUCAAUUCUUUAUGGACAUGUGUUCCCACUGUUUUUUCGCCCAAUCAGCUUAUAUGUUAGUGUUUUCACUUCAAUCUAUUUUUCUUUUGUCUUUGCAAUCGAACCUUUGCCUCUGUUCUUGGUUUGAGAGUGGCGUUCUACACGUGUCUCACACCGCCAUUCCUCUCCAAUAAAAAGGUUACAGAACAUUGUCCACCGACUGUCUCUCCUCUACCUUCUUCUAAUCCUCCACCGGCUCAUCUAUUACUCAUUUACUCCAUUUUCAGACGCAUCAAUUUUUUUUUUUCAGUUUCAUCCGCCAAAUCAAUCUACCUUCCACCACCGGUUGCUCAAAUUGACUCUCCUUCGUACCCAACCGAUCAUCAACCAUCCAGGCUCGACGUCCCACCGUCGCAGACGAGGCCGACGAUUGCCCCACCCCACGCCUGCUUAGCUUCAACAUCGACCAAAUGUGUGCUUCCUUCUCCGACUUCUCUUUGGAUUCGAUUACCGCCGCCCACUCUACCGGUCCAACUACAACUUUCCUUCAUCUAUUUUCGUUUUUGGAAUCAACGAUUGAUACAAGUCUGUUCUUCAAAAGCUACAGGUUCUCUUACAUGGGAAAUUGUUGUGCUGUACCCUCUACCACCGAUACUGAGUUCGAGAAGAAAAAUAGGAAGAACGUUUCAGCCAUACAACAUCGACCCAUCGUUUGUUGAUAAUAGCUAAAUUGAAUUUACAGUAUGCCAAACUUCGAUUAACCAUUUCAUAUGUCGAUUAUCAAUGAGGUAUGUUUGUAGUUCUUGUCAUUUUCCCUUCACCCGCUUCACCAGUAGCGAUUUUUCAUUUAUCCUUUUUAGGGCUUUAUAUUAAUUUGAUGUUGUUUGCUUACUUCAUGUUUCUGCAUGUAGCUGCUAUUCCAACAACCGACAGUUGAUUAGCUUCUUUGUGUGUUGUUGAUAAUUUCAUCUACCCUAUUUAUUUCUUGAAACCAUGUGUACAACCAACAAAUGAGAUGUUAGUAAAUUUCCUUUGAGGUAUUUAGGUACAAAGAACUAAGGGCAAAUCAUACAAUAAAAAUGUGAAAAAGGGAUCUUGCACAGUUAUAACAUGAAGGUGCAUCAACAUUUAAUGCAUCUGAUGUGUUUUUCGGUGCUUACAAGCUGAGGAUUGAGAAGAAAUAGUUGACUAUGUUAUCAAGGGAGAGAAAGAUAAAAAUAACAUAGUAAAUGCAAGAGGGAUUUCACCUCAACACACCAGAGAGUUGGACAACAUAGAGUUGCACAAACAUUGUUGCAGUUCAGUCAAUUUCAUUGUACUACAACUUAAAGGUAGAAAUGUUUUUACUUAUAUAGAGUGAAGCAAAUGAGUUUUUAUCAGGGCCUCUUAUCAAGUUCAAUUAGCUUUUAAUUUGAAAGUUAUGUAACUCCAGAU